AUGGAUUCCAGGGAUAAUGAAGUGAUUGUUGGGGAUUCUCUCCGCAAUACAAAGCCAAAGAGUUUGGAAACCCCCGCUCCACAUGAUGUGAACGAGAACGGCGACUAUCAAGAAAAUGGCAAAAUGAGGAACGAUAAUUCAACAGCUAGAGACGUUUAUUAUGAGAAAGAUUCGGACAAAACUCCAGACUAUCAAGAGUGUGAUGACGAUGGUAAUGAUGAGCUCAAUGGAGGUAUCGAUGCUAACGAACUUGAAGAACAGAAUGAGACAGAAGGUGAUGUUUACUCGGUCAACAGUGAACUUGUUGAAAUUGCUUUGGACGAAAACCUAACUGAUCUGGAAAAUGUCGAAGUGUUGUCUUCACAUUAUCAGAUUCCAAACAUUUUAAUUAAGUCAUUAUUUGACCUUAACCACAAGAAAGGUAAACCAUAUAUGAAUCCAGCAAAAAUGAAAAACAAAAUUGAAAAUGUAGAGGAAGAAAACGCCUCCAAAUUCAUUCUAAACCUUGAGUCUGAGAUCAUAAAGUUCAUAAUUAGGCCAAGUAUUGACUCGUGGAAAAUGAAUCCGCUGAAUUCAUAUUAUAGACUCUUGGCUCAUCAAUUGGCUGAGUAUUAUCAUUUGGGGCAUAUAUUGUCAAACGAUGGAUCCUCAAUGGUACUUUUUAAAAUCAAUACAUCUUUAAUUAAUGCUGAUGACGAAACCAAAAAAAAUGCUAAAUUUGAUCAAGCAGGAAAUAUAAAGCCCUUAGAUUUUAGAAAUAUUAAAUUUGAUCCCAAGGAAAAAUUGGAUCGUGUCAAACUUGAAGAUGUCUACAACACAUAUAGUGAGUUUUUCAAAAAACAUAGAAAUGACUACGUUCACGAUAAUAAAGACAUGAUAAAUGCUUUUAAGAAACUGCGUAUCAUGCCAAGAAAUGUAUCAUCAUACAAUCCUACAUAUGAUCCUUAUGCGCAACAAUUAGUUUCCGAGGACCAGUAUAAUAGAAAUCCAACGAAAUUUAAAGAAGCAACCGAAGGUGGAAUUGACCGGAGAGGGAAAUCAAGUAAAAAAGAAAAAGGAGGGGAAUAUGAUGGUGGUGAAGGGGACGAAAAGGAAGAAGGAGGUGAUUAUGAUGAUGAUGACGAUGAUAAUGGUGAUGAUGAGAACGACGAAGACGACGACGAUGAUGAUGAUGAUGAUGACGAUGAUGAUGAUCCAGAAAUUAUCUUGUAUGGAGAUGAAGGGGAUGUGAACGACAGUACCGUAUAUAAAAGCGGUCGCAACAACUAUUUCAAGAAAGAAACUAGCAACCAUGGUCAAAGAAAACAUUAUUCAAAUGGGUAUAACUACAACAAAAAGCACUAUAACAACUUCAAUAGAUACCAGUAUGUUUAUUACCCACAAAAUGGAAUGUAUCCUCCCCCAGGUACACCGUAUGGUUAUCUUCCGAUUUCUUCGCCUCCAUCAAUAGGAUCGCCAAGCACAUCGGCGCCAUAUUAUUAUGUGCCAGUGAUCCCGCCACCGACAAACGCAGUUGAUGAAUCUGCAACUGUGGAGCCUCGGGUAGAACACGAGAAAUUACAAAGUCCCUCUGCCGAUGGACAAAAAACUGCAAACGGUAGUGAUGAUGCCGAACGGAAAGAACAAAAGGAGACCCAUGCUGAAGGAGCCACUGCUCCUUCUACACCUGUUCCAAUUGGAGUCUCCCCUAUAAUUCCGUCAGCGGCUUUUUCACCAAAUGCUCCAAUGUAUCAAUAUGCCUAUCCAGCACCACCACCGCCACCACCUUCCGGAAGUAGUGGUCAGUUCUACCCAAUUCCUCCAGGACAGCCGCCAUUUAUGUACUAUGUGAAUCCUCCUUACGGUGGAAACUACCGAAAUUCACGCAGGUACUAUCAGAACAAUAAUAAAUAUGGUCACUAUAAUUACAAUAAUGGUAAUGGAAAUUAUAGGAAAAACCAGAGGAAUCAUGGACGAAGAUCAUAUAACCAGAACACAUACAAUAAUAAUAAUGGCAAUCAAGCUGUUGAUGAAGUCACGGUUGAUGAAGCUGCUGACAAAUCUAAAAGUAUGCAAGAAGAACAACCAUAA